UAUUCAUCUAUCUGGCAACGCCACCAGUUGAUGCAACACAUUUUUAUCUUAAAUUGCGAAGUUCCUCGGCCAGAUAUCAGUUACGAAUGUAGUGAUCAAUCUAUCACAUUUUCUAACCACAUUCGGUUUCAAUUCCCACCCCACUCCCUUUCGAAAAUUUGCCCAAAAUUCCCACAAGUGCAUCAAUUGCAACGCAUCCGAAAUCAGUCGCGUGCGUGAUUCGUACGAUAACCGUCGUUAUAUAUAUAGCGUCAAUAUAAUCGGAACAAGAUGAGCAAGUACCAUAAGGAGCGCAAGUACGCCAAGUUCAGGUACUACAUGGAGAAGUACUACGUGCUGCCGCUGGAGCUGAAGAACGACAUCAUCUACUGCCAGCGAUCGCUGCGCGAUUUCCUCAAGGUUCACGCGUUGGUCUCGGAGGUCUUCGAUGAGCAGGCGGAUGCGGUGGGUUUAAUGCCAGAAGACUGCAAGUCUUUGUCCUUUGUUCUCUACGCCACGAGAAUUCCCGAUUCCCCAGGGUGAAGGUGUUCGCCCGUAGAACACCACCCAACCCCCCUCCCACUACACACAACCAAAAAAAAAACCAAAACAAAGAACUGUAUGUAGAUGAAGCUAUGAAACGUAGUACUUAGUUUAGUUUUUUCAUUUCAAAGAAACUGAUGUACUCGCGAUAAUUUUCUAGAGUUGGGAUCCAGUGCAGAUGCGUCGCAUCUUGGACGAACUGGAGGAGGAGGUGUACGAGAUCAAUGCCGAGCAGCAGUUCCUUCUGCUACGCCUCAACGAUAGCCUACAGGAAUUCUCCGUGAAGCUGAAGGAGAACAACAUCAUGUUCCUGCCGGACAUCGCCCAUGAGUACGUUUCCGCCCAGGUAGUGCCUUUGAUCGUCGAUCCCAACUAUAAGAUUAUGCCACAGUCGGUGAUGGCUCGUGAUACCGAGGAGAUGCUUAUUCGCAAGCACUUCCUGCUGAGCCAGGACGAUGAUUCUGGUAUGCCGCCGCUUAAGCUCAGCGAAUUGGAUGAGAAUAUACCAUUGAUGCUGGCUCCGCCGGUUAGGGGAUUGGGUCAGCAGAUCGCCGCCGUUAAGCCGGAGCCAGAGUGGCUCCAAGGCGAUGAGGCGACAGUAUCAGUGCCACCGCCGCCGCCACAAUCGAAGUCGAAGCUGAUGAAAGGGUCGCUGGAUUCGACCCCGGCCAAGCGAGAGAAUAUCAGCCGCAGCUCACCGCCGCCCUUGGCGCCUAUAACCCAAACCGUAGUGGCUGAGUUGUCACAAGUACCUCCAUCACCACAAGCAGAAUCUCCACCAGUAAACUUUCACGUUGUGGCCCAGAGUCGCAAGAACUUGCAGCAGGCAUUGAGAAGGGCCAGAAAGACGAAGCAGCAGCCACGUUUGUUCGACGACGAGGAGGACCUGGAGAUCACCAGUUUGCAGAACGAUCGCAACAAGAACAGAACCAGCGAUGGCAAGGGGACACCGCCAUCGCUGGAGCCAACGAAUGCUGCCGCCAAUCAGGCAGCCAAGAAGACCAUCCCACAAAUGUCUAGUCAGGGGAUGGCGAAGAAUAAUACCGCGAAGAGCAAAAACACGUGCAGGAAAUCCUCGCCAACGCCCACAUCCAGUGGACAGUCGCAGCCAGCGGUAUCGUCAUCCGGCAGCUCCGAUGAUUCCAGUGCCGAGCUGCAGCAGGAGCAGCAAAGACGCGUCGCAUCCGCCGCCCAGUGGCGCGAUGAGCCGCGCGAGAGCCGCACCCAGCCGGAGGAGUACGGCCAGGAGACGUUCCUCGGCCUCUUUGAGCUCUACUCGCCGGAGGUGCUCAAGAAGCUCAGUCAGCGCCACUCGAAGCGCAAGCGUCGCACCGUUCAGAAUGCCAGCGGAGUGGAUUUUCACUAUGGCCAGCAGUUGAAUGCCGUGGACGCGUUAGUCAUGGGCGUUCGUGGUCAGAAGAAGACCAAGGAGAAGUCCGAAUUCCUGCUCUCGCCGACGGAAAAACGUUUGCAGGCCAACUCGAAGAGGACGUACACACGCAAGAGCAAGUCGCCGGACGAGAUUUCGGAGAAGAGCAGCGCAGGAGGAGGAUCUGGCGCAUCGGGAACUGCGUCUUCAUCAGCCUGUCAGCAUAAAGACGGCGGUGCCUCCAAGUGCCGCAAAUGCCGCGAGUGCCGUGAAUGCAAACGUCGUGUGGAAACCGAAGCGAUGUACUGCCACUUGUGCAGCGGAUUAUACCACAUGGACUGCCACGAGUUCACCAAAAAUCGCCAGCUGAUGCAGCUGCAGAACUCUCGCUGCCCCCCAUGCUUGCGCGAAAAAGAUAAGUUGGAGAAGUAGUGCGUUGCCAAGUGAGCCAUUGAUGUUAAAUGUUUCUCAUUCUUGCAUAAAGGAUUGUAUAUAUUUGAAUCAACCCUAGUUGGUAUGCUGAGUUCGUGUUUUUAUAUUAAAAUUUAUUAUUACUUAAAUGAUUAUAUGAUUAUAUAAAUGAUUAUUAUAUUCUUAUUUUAUAAAUAUACUAAUUAAAACGAAUGGAUAUUCUAUUUGCAAAC